AUGACGUUCAACAUCACAAUUGGCCCCAGUCCACACGACUCGGACGAUUCCUCUUUCACCGACGAAGAGGGCUCCUCGGGGGUCCAGGUCUCGCCGCCUUCCGAGUCGGAAAGCCAUGGUUAUCAUGACCCGUACGAUGAAUGGACGAAUUUACCUUAUCCUGAUGAACUGAAGCCAUCUGACUCAGGUUCUCGAAAUCGAACAUCCUAUCGAACCCAGAGUCGCAAUCCAGUCCACCCGCCUUCCACGUCUACAAGUCGUCGACGUUCAGCCAGGCGUCAAAUUGUUCCAGAACGGGAAUCAUUCCAUCGGCGAUCCCGUCGUCAUCCUUCGCCCGAUUCCCCUGAGAGUAUGGACUCAGCGGAGGAGUACGGUGAUCCGUAUCGCCGCAGAUCCCAGGAGCGGUACAGAUCCCAGGAGCGAUAUUGGCCUUCGCUCGCCCAGGGCUCAGGAUAUGCGCACAGCCCGUCUCCGGGGCCAUCCUAUGUUUAUCCGAAUGGCGCGGUGCCGCAUGCUCCCUUCGCACCCCCCACUGGUCAACAUACGCCAUCAGACCAGUUAGUUAGACUCGGAUCUCACAGCCAGGUCGGGCAUUCAAGUCAGUAUGGCCAUCCCUUCUACGGGUAUAGUCACCCUGUGCAACAACCUCACGGCCCAGGCGUUUCUCAAUUCUACAUGCACGACCACCACCCCGGGACCCACGGGCACACGGUAGCCUCAGGAGCCCAUCGCAGCGACGGCCACAACCUACCACAGUAUCCUUUUCAGCCCUCGGGGCCCUCUCAUGGCGCUCCGCCCUAUGGCGGACCUCAGAUGAGCCAUCAUGACCUGGUUCCGUAUGGUACAGGGGGCUUUUAUCCAUUCCGAGAGCCGUACGCUAUGGUUCCCAGUAUGAUUUCUCCCUACUUUAAUCCUUAUGCUCGCGCACCGUCUCCUCCUAGUCAGGCCGAAUCCGCUGGAGCGCCCGUCUCUCCAGAACCCGCUCCGGCUCCGGCCCCCGCAGAUCCCGCGAAAGACGAAGCAAUCGCCAGGCUCGAGAAAUUGAUAUUGGACGAGCGAACGGAACGUGAAGCCCGCGAUGCGCGUGAAGCUGCCGCAAAAGCUGCCGCCGAAGCCGAAGCUGCCGCCGAAGCCGAGAAGCAGCAACGUGCUGCCCACGAAAAAAAGCUUGUCGAGGAAGCUGCUGCUGCUGCCAAAGCAGAGGCUGAGCAGAAAGCUGCUGAUGAAGCGGCCAAGGCAAAGAAAGAGGCAGAGGAAGCGGCAGCGAAAGCAGCUGACGCGGCGGCAGCCGAGGCUACGGAGAAAGCCACUGCGGACGUACAGGAGAAAAUCGCAGCUGCAGUAGCAGCCAAUAAACCUCCUGACAAGAAGCAACCUAUCAAGUUUAAGGAUGCCCUUGGUAGAAAAUUUAAUUUUCCCUUCGACUUAUGUUGCACUUGGAAGGGCAUGGAGGAGCUUAUCAGACAAGCUUUUCUUCACAUUGAGGUGAUAGGACCACAUGUUGCAGAGGGGCAUUAUGAUUUGAUAGGCCCCAAUGGCGAUAUCAUCCUCCCACAGGUUUGGGAGACUGUUCUUGAGCCUGACUGGACCAUUACUAUGCAUAUGUGGCCGAUACCAGAAAAACCGAAAGAGGAGCCGGCUCCGCCUCCAGAGGGUGGUGCUCCUGAAGCUGACGCAGUACCGCCUGGUGAUGCUGCAGCUGCCGAGCCGCCGAAGAAGUCGGGCACCAAAAAAUCGAGGCCAAAACCUGGCGACCCUAGCCCAUUUGCGGUGUGGAUGGUAGGAGGUCCAGCCCGCUUCAAGAAGCAGGCUUUAAAAGUGGGAAAAAAGCCUAAAGCAGCCGAUCACGCUGUAUUGCGUGUUGUCUGA